GAUCCUCCACACCUUCACUCCAUCCAUCCCUCGCUUUUCUCUUCUUUUCUCUCCAGAAUUCUAACUUUAAAAGGAUUUAAACCGCCUGUGUGUGUUUGUGUGUGUAGAGGGGUUACUCCUCUGUUUCCACAGUGAUGAGUUUGACAGGGAGUUGGUGGAUCUAGGCCACGUAACCGAGGGCAACGGAUUAUCAGUUGACAGGUAGAGGAAACAAGCCGCCAUGGCUAAAGUAGCUCCAUCAGUCCCGUCCCCCACUUCUAGGUUAACUCCGCCUAUCAUCCUUCUACAAGACAUGGAGGAGGAGCCUGGUGGCGUCAGGGAGGGCGACAGAGCUGCUCAAAGAGCCGGACCAGGAGUUUUAUUCAACGUCAACAACAGCAACAACAAUGAAGAGGAAGAGGAAAAGAAGAAAAGGAAGAAAGAAAAGAAAGAGAGGAAAGAGAAGAAGGAGAAGGAGAGGAAGGAGAAGAAAGAGAGGAAGGAGAAGAAAAAGAAAGAGAAAGAGGAGAAGGAAAAAGAGAAAGAGAAAGAAAAAGAGAAGGAAAAAGAGAAGAAGGCCCAAGAGGAGGCUCCCAAAGAGAUCUCGGUGAUUGACCCAGCGAGUAACACCUACUACCACUGGCUGUUUGUCAUCACCAUCCCUGUCAUGUACAACUGGACCCUGAUCAUAGCCAGGGCGUGUUUUGAGGAGCUGCAGACGGACUACGUGUACUACUGGUUUCUGCUGGACUUCCUCGCUGACCUCACCUACAUCGCCGACAUGGUCUUCAGAACUAGAACCGGUUACCUGGAGCAGGGUCUUCUGGUGAAGGACCAGCAGAAGCUUCGUGAUCGGUACAAGAACAGUUUCCAGUUCAGACUGGACCUGAUCUCCAUGAUUCCCACCGACAUUCUGUACACCGUCUUCGGCCUCACCUACCCAGAGAUCCGCCUUAAUAAACUCUUUAGGUUCAACAGGAUGCUGGAGUUCUUCCAGAGGACAGAGACCAGGACUAACUACCCCAACGCUCUCCGAAUCUCCAACCUUGUCAUGUACAUCGUCAUCAUCAUCCACUGGAACGCCUGCCUUUACUACUCCUUCUCCAAGGCCAUUGGUUUUGGUUCUGACAGGUUUGUUUAUCCCGACCCAAGUGAUCCAGAGUUUGGUCGUCUGGUGAGGAAAUACGCCUACAGUAUGUACUGGUCAACACUAACGCUCACCACCAUUGGAGAAACGCCACCCCCAGUGGAGAACUCUGAGUACUUCUUUGUUGUCACUGACUUCCUGGUGGGUGUGUUGAUUUUUGCCACCAUUGUCGGUAACGUUGGCUCAAUGAUCACCAACAUGAACGCUGCCAGAGCCGAUUUUCAGGCUCGCAUCGAUGCGAUAAAACAGUACAUGAGCUUCCGAAAGGUAACAAAGGACCUGGAGAAGCGAGUGAUCAAGUGGUUUGACUUCCUGUGGACCAAUAAGAAGGCAGUGGAUGAAAGGGAGGUGCUGAAGUACCUGCCUGACAAACUGAGAGCAGAGAUCGCCAUCAACGUCCACCUGGACACUCUGAAGAAGGUUCGUAUCUUUGCGGACUGCGAGGCUGGCCUGUUGGUGGAGCUGGUGCUGAAGCUGCAGCCUCAGGUCUACAGUCCAGGAGAUUACAUCUGUAAGAAGGGUGACAUUGGCCGAGAGAUGUAUAUCAUCAAGGAGGGAAAACUUGCUGUUGUUGCCGAUGACGGAAUCAAGCAGUUUGUCGUUCUGAGUGAUGGAAGCUACUUUGGCGAGAUCAGCAUCUUGGCUAUCAAAGGAAGUAAAGCAGGAAACAGGAGGACAGCAAACAUCAGGAGCAUCGGUUACUCCGACCUCUUCUGUCUCUCCAAAGAUGACCUGAUGGAGGCACUGAAGGAGUAUCCUGAUGCUAAGGCUCUGCUGGAGGAGAAAGGAAGACAGAUUCUGAUGAAGGAUGGACUGUUGGACUUGGAGGUGGCAGCACAGGGCCCCGACCCCAAAGAGAUCGAGGAGAAGGUGGAGAGGAUGACGAGCACGCUGGACGUCCUGCAGACACGCUACGCUCGACUGCUGGCUGAUCAUGAAGCUACUCACAGCAAGCUCAAACACAGAGUCACCCGGCUGGAGAGGAAGCUGCCACCACGAGCCGACCAACCAGGUGACGCUCCGCCCCCUCCAACACCUGAGUAGAGCGGAGAAGAGGAAGGACCGG